AUGCUGGGCUAUGGCGCCGACGCCAUCUGCCCCUACCUGGCCUACGAGUCCAUCUUUGCCCUGCAGCUGGCCGGCAAGCUGCCUGCCGCCCUGACGCGCGAGGCGCUGGUGUCCAAGUACAUCAAGUCUGUGGGGGUGGGCCUCCUCAAGGUCAUGGCCAAGAUGGGCAUCUCCACGCUCAUGAGCUACAAGGGGGCCCAGAUCUUCGAGGUCCUGGGCAUUGCGGACGAGGUGGUCUCCAUGUGCUUCAAGGGCACGGCCUCGCGCAUCGGCGGUGUUGGUUUCGAGCAGAUCGCCAAGGACACGCUGGCCCUGCACGCGGCCGCCUACCACGGCAUCGACUUUGCUGACGACAGCCUGGAGGCCAAGACCCUGCCCCACUCUGGGGACUACCACUUCCGCGCCGCCCCGGGGAGCGAGGUGCACAUGAACGACCCUGCCGCCAUUGCGGCGCUGCAGGCGGCUGCGGCUGACAACGACAAGGCGGCCUACAGGAAGUUCAGUGCGCUCAACUACAAGCUGAGCCAGCAGUGCACCCUGCGCGGCAUGCUGAGCUUCAAGGCCGGCACCCCCGUGCCCCUGGAGGAGGUGGAGCCCGCGGCCAAGAUCGUCAAGAGGUUCUGCACGGGCGCCAUGUCCUACGGCUCCAUCAGCCUGGAGGCCCACACCACCCUGGCCCUGGCCAUGAACACCAUGGGCGGCAAGAGCAACAGCGGCGAGGGAGGGGAGAACCCGCGCCGCCUGGAGCCCCUGACUGAUGGCACGCGCAACCCCCUGCGCAGCGCCAUCAAGCAGGUGGCCAGUGGCCGCUUUGGCGUGAGCGCGUACUACCUCACCAACGCAGACGAGAUCCAGAUCAAGAUCGCGCAGGGCGCCAAGCCCGGGGAGGGCGGCGAGCUGCCCGGCAAGAAGGUGGACGGCGACAUCGCCAAGACGCGCAACAGCACCGCGGGCGUGGGCCUGAUCAGCCCUCCCCCCCACCACGACAUCUACUCCAUCGAGGACCUGGCGCAGCUCAUCUACGAUCUCAAGUCCUCCAACCCUGGGGCCCGCGUGAGCGUGAAGCUGGUGUCGGAGAACGGCGUGGGCGUCGUGGCCAGUGGCGUGGUGAAGGGCCACGCAGACCACGUGCUGAUCAGCGGCCACGACGGCGGCACGGGCGCGGCCAAGUGGACGUCCAUCAAGUACGCGGGCUGCCCCUGGGAGCUGGGGCUGGCGGAGACGCACCAGACCCUCGUGGCCAACGACCUGCGCGGCCGCACAGUGCUGCAGGCGGACGGCCAGAUGCGCACCGGUCGCGAUGUGGCGGUCGCAGCUCUGCUGGGUGCGGAGGAGUUUGGCUUCAGCACGGCCCCCCUCAUCACCCUGGGCUGCAUCAUGAUGCGCAAGUGCCACACCAACACCUGCCCCGUCGGCAUCGCCACCCAGGACCCCGAGCUGCGUGCCAAGUUUGCGGGGCAGCCUGAGCACGUCAUCAACUACUUCUUCAUGGUUGCUGAGGAGAUGCGCGAGCACAUGGCGGCGAUGGGCUUCAGGACCGUGGACGAGAUGGUGGGGCGCGCCGACAUGCUGGAGCCCAACACAGAGCUCAUGCAGUCCAGCCCCAAGCUGUCGGGCAUCGACCUCUCCAAGCUGCUCACACCCGCGGCCACCCUGCGCCCCCGCGCCGCCCAGCGCUGCGUCACCAAGCAGGACCACGGCCUGUUCACGGGUCUGGACGUGCAUCUCAUCCCGCACUGCCGCCCCGCACUGGUGGACAAGGGCCAGGAGCCAGAGCCUGUGUAUGUUGAGAUGGCGGUCCAGAACGUGCACCGCGCAGUGGGCACCACCCUCAGCCACGAGGUCACCAAGAGGUUCGGGGAGAAGGGCCUGCCUGAUGGCACCAUCUACGUGCGCCUCACGGGCCACGCCGGCCAGUCCCUGGGCGCGUGGCUGUGCCGCGGCAUCACCCUGGAGCUGGAGGGUGACGCCAACGACUACGUGGGCAAGGGCCUCAGCGGCGGCGUCAUCGCGGUCUACCCCCCGGCCUCCGCGCCCUUUGUCCCCGAGGACAACAUCAUCGUGGGCAACGUGGCCCUCUACGGCGCCACCAGCGGCCAGGCCUUCUUCAGGGGCAUCGCCGCGGAGCGCUUCUGCGUGCGCAACAGCGGCGCGCAGGCCGUGGUGGAGGGCUGCGGCGACCACGGCUGCGAGUACAUGACGGGCGGCGUGGCCGUCAUCCUGGGGCCGACCGGCAAGAACUUUGGCGCCGGCAUGAGCGGCGGCCUCGCCUUCGUCUACGACCCCCACGGCCGCCUCCCCGCGCGCGCCAACGAGGACGUCAAGGGCGACCUCCUGCCCCUGGACGACAUGCACGACGUGGCCACCGUGAAGCGCCUGGUCCAGCGCCACCUGCGCUACACCGGCAGCGAGGUGGCGCGCCGCCUGCUGCUCAACUGGGAGCGCGAGAAGAGGUCCUUCGUGAAGGUGUUCCCUCACGAGUACCGCCGCGCCCUGGCCGAGGCUGACGCCAUCAAGGCCGCGGAGGCCGCACAGAAGGAGCUGCUGUCACAGGCCGGCCUGGCCGGUGUUGACGCGUUUGAGGAGCUUAAGGUGCUGGCCGCCAAGGCCGACGUCAAGGCGCCCCCCAAGGCCCUGGCCCUGCCGGCCCCCUCCCUGGGGGACCCCACCCUGGAGAAGCAGCGCCUGCUGGUGCAGGCGCGCGAGGGCCUGCCCGUGUCUGGCGUGCCGGCCACCAGCUGGGAGGCGCUGCGCCCCAAGAUCGUGGGCAAGGGCGAGGCCGACAAGGCGCGCGGUUUCCUGGAGUACAACCGCUCCGCCCUGGGCUACAGGCCGCCCCAGGAGCGCCUCAGGGACUGGAAGGAGGUGCUGGAGGGCAAGCCCACCGAGGCGCGCCAGGAUCAGCUGCACACCCAGUCAGCGCGCUGCAUGGAGUGCGGCACACCCUUCUGCCACCAGAUCGACUCGGGCUGCCCCCUGGGCAACCGCAUCCCCGAAUUCAACGACCUGGUGCACAAGGGCCGCUGGCGGGAGGCGCUGGACCGCCUGCUGCAGACCAACAACUUCCCGGAGUUCACGGGCCGCGUCUGCCCCGCACCCUGCGAGGGCUCCUGCGUGCUGGGCAUCAACCAGGACCCCGUGACCAUCAAGACCAUGGAGCUCACCAUCAUCGACAAGGCCUUCGAGGAGGGCUGGAUGGCGCCAAAGCCACCAAAGGUGCGCACCGGCCAGUCUGUGGCUGUGGUGGGCAGCGGCCCCGCGGGCCUGGCUGCGGCUGACCAGCUCAACAAGAUGGGCCACGAGGUCACCGUCUACGAGCGCGCCGACAGGAUUGGUGGUCUGAUGAUGUACGGUGUGCCCAACAUGAAGACCGACAAGAUCGACGUGGUGCAGCGCCGCGUGGACCUCAUGGCCGCAGAGGGCGUCAAGUUUGUGGUCAACGCGGCCGUUGGCACUGACGUGCCGGUGGAGAGCCUGGUGGGCGGCCACGACGCCGUGGUGCUGGCCGCGGGCGCCACCAAGCCGCGCGACCUGCCGGCCCCCGGGCGUGACCUCCAGGGCAUCCACUUUGCCAUGGAGUUCCUCACGGCCAACACCAAGUCACUGCUGGACAGUGGCCUGAAGGACGGCAAGUACAUCAGCGCUGCGGGCAAGAAGGUCAUCGUCAUCGGCGGCGGCGACACCGGCACGGACUGCAUCGGCACCAGCGUGCGCCACGGUGCCUCCCGCGUCAUCAACCUGGAGCUGAUGGGCAAGCCCCCGUCGACGCGCGGCGCGGACAACCCCUGGCCCCAGUGGCCCCGCAUCUUCCGAGUGGACUACGGCCACGCCGAGGCCGCCACCGUGUACGGCAGCGACCCGCGCCGCUACGGCGUCAUGACCAAGCGGUUCGUGGGUGGCCCUGACGGCAAGGUGCGCGGCGUGGAGAUUGUGGACGUGCGGUUCGAGGAGGACCCCGCCAACCCCGGCCGCAAGAAGCUGGUGGAGGUGCCCAACAGCAACCAGCUGCUGGAGGCGGACCUCGUGCUACUGGCCAUGGGCUUCCUGGGCCCCGAGGAGAAGCUCGCGCAGGCACUGGGCCUGGAGCAAGACGAGAGGUCAAACUUCAAGGCGACCUGGGGAGACUUUGCCACCACGGUGCCGGGAGUAUUUGCGGCUGGCGACUGCCGCCGUGGGCAGAGCCUCGUGGUGUGGGCCAUCCGCGAGGGCCGCGACGCGGCCGCGGCCGUGGACCGCUACAUCACCCGCACCAGGGGCCCCGGGCGGCAGCUGCCGGGCAGCGCCGUCAAGGGGGGCAUCUACGACCUGCAGGACCUGCCCGGAGGGGAGGUACCGCGCGCAUCAACCGGCGCAGAGCCCCUGCCCGCACGCCGCUGA